UCCCGGCCGGGGCGCGCCGCCGGUAGCUCGGUGCGGUCCGAGCUGCACCGGAAAGCUUGCAGAAGGAGCGGAGAGCCGCGCGUGCGGCGGAGGUGAUGACUGCGGCGGCAUGGAGUUCCCGGAGCACGGCGUCCGGCUGCUGGGUCGCCUGAGGCAGCAGCGCGAGCUGGGGUUCCUGUGCGACUGCACUGUCCUGGUGGGCGACGCGCGCUUCCCUGCGCACCGCGCUGUACUGGCCGCGUGCAGUGUCUACUUCCAUCUCUUCUACAGGGACCAGCCCGCGAGCAGCCGCGACACAGUGCGGCUCAACGGCGACAUCGUCACGGUACCUGCCUUCAGCCGCCUGCUGGACUUCAUGUACGAGGGCCGGCUGGACCUGCACAGCCUACCUGUCGAGGACGUCCUGGCUGCUGCCAGCUACCUACACAUGUAUGACAUCGUCAAGGUCUGCAAGGGCAGACUCAGAAAGAAGGACCCAGAUCUGGAGACCCGUACGCUGGGGACAGAGCUUCCUGGGCAGCCACCACACCCCCUGCCUUCCUGGUCCCCUGCUUUCUGCCAAGCCGCACCAAAGGCCAAACCCCCAUCUGUAGGGGUCAAGGCUGCCCAUCCCCUGCCAACAUUUGGACCUCCAUCUUGGCAGGUCUCAGAGGAGUCAAGUGGGGCCCUGGACCUGUCACUGAAGCCUGGCUCAAGACAGGAGCAGGUCCACCCACCCUGCCUCCUCCAGACAUCACUCUGCAGCUCCAUACAGCAAGGGGCCCAGCCUCUGGUGAAGGCUGAGCAAGAUUCGUUUUCUGAACAAGAUAGCAGCAGCCCGCAGAGCGUGGACAGAUCCCCACCACCAGUCUGUGCUUCUGCAGCCCAGGGCCUGGCAGUGAACUUGGAGCCACUGUGCAUCCAAGGGACAGGCAGCCAGCAGCUUGGGCUGCAUGCAGAGCCAGUGGUGGACACUGAAGAGCUGGGUCCCAGCAAGCACCUUUGCAUUUGCCCGCUGUGCUGCAAGCUGUUCCCUAGCACCCAUGCACUGCAGCUACAUCUCAGUGCCCACUUCCGAGAGCGGGACAGUGUCCGUACCAGGCUCUCCCCUGAGGGGGCCGUGCCCACGUGCCCGCUCUGCAGCAAGACCUUCUCCUGCACGUACACGCUGAAGAGGCAUGAACGGACGCACUCUGGGGAGAAGCCCUACACGUGCAUGCAGUGUGGCAAGAGCUUCCAGUACUCACACAACCUAAGCCGGCACGCGGUGGUCCACACGCGGGAGAAGCCCCAUGCCUGCCGCUGGUGUGAGCGCCGGUUCACACAGUCUGGUGACCUGUAUCGCCACGUCCGCAAGUUCCACUAUGGCCUCGUCAAGCCCUUGCUGGUGUGAAGUGUUUUUUUUUUUCUGUGUCAGGUGGAGGAAGAGAUGGGGGCAGGGUCUCCUGGGUGGGACUCUGGGACAGAGGACGAAGCCCAGGCAGGCGGUGGUAGCCCUACCCCAAGGCUAGAAGGUUGCACCAGUCAACCUCAAUGAAUGCUGCUGCUUCUUGGAUGGGUUGCCGCCCCCUCUCCUUGCCUCCACCUCACACCUGAGCAGGUUGCACCCUGCCCAGUUAGGGACACAGUCUUCCUCACUGUCCUCUCUAGCGAGGUUCUAGAGUGCCCGGCCUGCCCAUUCACUGGGCGGUGUGAGGUAACACACUUUUCCUCUGUCUUGGGGCU